CAAUCGACGACGGUGCAUACAAUACCAUAUGUUCCCGUUCCAAUUCCCGUUCCCAUUCUCUCUGCAAAUUAGCCAUUUUUUUGCAUCCAAGAUAGCAAGAAUUGAUCACAAUCAGGAGCACCCCUGCGUAUUCUUCCAUUUUGUGUGGCCAUUUCUGGCUUUCUUUCUCUCUCUUUUGAAUCCUCGAGUUGCCAUUUUUGAUAGCCGCCCUCGCUGGCGGCCAUUUGUCGCCAGCUUCAUUGCCAUAUAUGAUUUCAUCCCAUUCAUUCAUUCAUCUUCCUGGGAAAGAAAAGACAAGGGAAAACAAAAAAAAAGGGGCUCCAAUUUGGACUGUUUCUGGAUUCGAAGACUGCAAAUUGCUUGAGGAGGGAGGGAAGGGAAGGGAAGAGAAGGGAAGCUUCCAAUUACAGGGACAUGUAUUGCUACUAGUAAAUGGAUAGACACGUAAGAAUUGGAAUUGACUGGGUGAACGGAGGAUUCCCAGCCUUUUCCACAGCGUCCUUGUCUUUACCUUUGCACCCCCAUGCUUUUGCAGAUGUACCCACUCUUCCGGUCCGGAUUCUCUGGAAGCAGAGGGGACAGACCAAGAUGUAGAAAGAGACAAUGCGCAAAUUUGAAUAGUUGAAUUUCUGACUGGUAAAAAUGCAGAGGGGUAAGAAUCUGUAGCCAGAUGUAGUACAGUAAAAGACAAAGAGGUUCCUUCCAUUAUUUCCAGCCAGUGUGAUCAGAAUCAGAUCAACGCAAAUGGUGAACUGGGAGAAUAAAAUCUAAAACUAGAGGCUAGGGAAUUCCUCGGGGGUUUCACCCGAGGACUUGGCAGUAAUUAGGCGCUUUACCGAGGGGGUGACGCGUCAGGGCCAAUGGCGGUCCUCCACGUCACCGCAUCUUUUUGACGAAUUCCUUGUGCUGGCCGCUUUGACUUUUUCACCGGUACGCAAGCACUGCACCACCACCUUGGUGGUGAAUCAAUCAAACCCUCUCUGAUUUUUCUCCCUCCUAGAUAUUUUUUUUACUAGCAGUAUUUAAUUGUUUUUCUGGUGCAUGUACUGUACUCCAUCUGGUCGCCCUUCUCGCUUCAGAAUAAAGAAAUCGCAAAAAAUUCAACCCCGUCACAUGCGCUGCUCACAUGGUGCGUGGGCCCCGCAUCAUCAUGCACCGCAUACAUAUGGGGAUGGAGCCCGCCCUGUCGUCACUUUGAAAAAAAAAUCUCACACUCUCUCUCUCACUCUCUCCCCAUUUGAAUACAGUUCAUACUGCAUAGACAAGAUCACAUUUUGAUUACUGCUAUAGGGUUAGAUUAGCAAGCUGUCUCGUCAUCGAAAAGAUUCAUCCAUCGACCAUCCAUUCUGCGACGCUUCAUUUUUGAAAGGAGGGAUUUUUGCAACGUCUCUGCCAAAAAUACAAACAAAUUCGCCCGUCCAUACAUCCUCCCAUAUAUGCAAUCGUAUCUUUGGAAUCAAUAAAUAAUAGGUGAAUAAUCCGUGUUGUCUUAAUUUGCUUCCAUUUUUACGACGGGAGGCAGGCAGGCAGGCGAUCGAUCGAGGCAGAUGGCGAGCGGCGGAUUCGUGGAGGAGAUGAUGAGGGAGCAGAGCCUCCUGGAGGCGACGUGCGGCGACCUCUUCGACCACAUCGACGACCUGCUCGAGUUCCCCAAGGAGGACUCCGCCGCCGAUGUGCUCCUCCUCGACGCGCCCGCGCCCGGCAGCCCGCUCUCGGCGCGCAUCAUCGACGUCGGCGCCGCGCGCGGCAAUGCCUCGUCGCAGCCGCCGCCCGCGCUGGAGCCGCUGAUGGCGCUGCCCCUUCCCGCGCAGGACGGCGCCGCCUUCUUCGACGCCAAGAACGGCGGCCACAUUGGCUCGUGCGAUGACCUGGACAUGGACAUGGCGCAGCUGGAGUGGCUGUCGGGCCUCUUCGACGACACCUCCAUCCCGCACGAGCCGGCCUUCCCGGGGGCGGCGGCCAACUGCGCCGAGCCCAUCAAGAGCUCCGCGCUGGCGGCCAACGCCGGGGUUGCCAUGCUGCCGGACAAGAUGGAGGAAGCGCUCUUCCGCAGCUCCAGCCCCAUCUCGGUGCUCGAGCAGAGCAGCUUCAACGCCAAUAACAAUGUGGGCUCCGCGUCCUCGUCGUCCUCCUCGGCGUCAUCCUCCUCGGAGUCCUUCUCCGGGAGCGGAGGCCGCGUGUGGUCGGCGCCCCUGUCGCCGCGCCCGGAGCCGCCGGUGCUGCUCAUUCCGGCGCGCGCACGGAGCAAGCGCUCCCGCGCGUCCGCGUUCUCCGGGGGACGCGCCGCGGAGGCCCCCACCAUCCUCGUGCCGACGCCCAUGUACUCGUCCACCUCCUCGCACUCGGAUCCCGAGAGCAUUGCCGAGUCCAACCCGCAGCCCCCGCCGCCCAUGAAGAAGAAGAAGGCCAAGAAGCCGGCCCCCGCCCCGGCUGCCUCUGACGCCGACGUUGACAACGACGGCGACGCCGACUACGAGGAAGGAGGCGGGAGCGCCCUGCCGCAGGGCGCGGUGAGGAGGUGCACGCAUUGCCAGAUCGAGAAGACGCCGCAGUGGCGCGCGGGGCCUCUGGGUCCCAAGACGCUCUGCAACGCCUGCGGCGUGCGGUACAAGUCCGGGCGCCUCUUCCCGGAGUACCGCCCCGCAGCCAGCCCCACCUUCGUGCCGUCCAUCCACUCCAACUCCCACAAGAAGGUGGUGGAGAUGCGCCAGAAGGCUGUCCGGAGCGGCGACCCGUCGUGCGACCUCCUGCAGUUCAUCCGCCGCCGGGAUUGACGUCCCGGCAUAGUCGGACGAUCGGUCGGUCUCGUCCCCCUUAGCUAUAUAUGUAUACAUGUUAGUAUGUAUGCAUGCAUGGUUACUUCAGUCGUCAGUUGUCGUCGUCAUCAUCACCAUCAAUCCAUCAUCGCCUGCAUGGGUUUCUGUCAGCGUCCAUCAAUCGCCGGUGAUCCUGGCGUUAGUUCAUUAGGGCUUUUCUCCGGGGGUUUAUUUUAUCUUUCUUUUUUGUCUAUUGAUUAAUUGGUCCCCCUGAAUGUUUUUUUGUAUGUAUAUAUAGAGAGAGAGAGGAGGGUGAGGAGGGCAGGAGAAAUAGAUGAAUCACAGUGGUUGUGGCAUUGCAAUUGCAGUUGCUUGCAGGUUAGGUAGGUGAGAAGGAGAGCUAAACAAGCAGCAGAAGGAGACAGAUUUAGUGAGGAAACUUUGCAGCUAGUCAGUCAAUUAGAAAAGGAGUGUUUAUGCAAGUGAAGGGGAAUUUGUUGGUUUGCUAAUUAGAAGAAGAUCCUGUCAGGCAGUAGCUAUCAGGAGAUGAAACUUGAAAGAGGGGGAUAUCCAUCAUAUUCAACCUGUAUUUGAGCUUUCGUGUACUGAACUCUGAAAAUUCUUUUUGCAGUUCAUCUAUGUUUAGGGAUUGAUAAGUGUUGUUUUGUUUCUAUACUAGUAGUGCUACCUACCUUUAGUCAAGAAAUUAUAUAUUGGGUCCCUUUUGUUUUCUCC